GGGACGAUAAGAUGUAGAAGUAGAUCCACGCCAACACUGACAGCAUCCUGUUUCUGUCUGCCACGAUGCCGACUCAACUGCUUCUACUUCUCUGUAUGAUUGGAUACGUGUUGGCAAAAAAGCCUGAUAUGGAGUGUUUGGUGAGGAAUCUGCAAUAUGUUCAAUGUUCCUGGGGGGGCCAGGAGAGACUUGAUGUCAAUUACACCUUCAUUAGCUGGUUCCAUGGUGAAGAAAAACAAAACUGCACUUACUAUUUGUCAAAGAACAAUACGAACACUGGCUGUAACCGUCCUUACAACAAAAGUGAUAGAUUCUACACAUUUUACACUUUACUGGAACAUGACAACAAGGUGUUUGAUCACAGCCAUGACCUUAAAAGCAGAGUCAAGUUAAACCCACCGGCCAACGUGUCUGUAAAAAAUGGAUCUGACUUCAACCUGUGGUUCUACUGGAACCAAACUAACCCAGCCUGUGAAGAGAGUGAAGUCAGCACCAGAAAAAACGAACAACCCUGGGAGUACUCUGUUGUGAAUGGGAAGAACAGUUACUGCAUCAACUUGCCAUCCACCACUUCCAGAUAUGAGUUCCAAGUGCGAAGCAAAAUAGGGAGCUCUUGUGGAGAGUCUACUUUCUGGAGUGACUGGAGUGAGCCUGUGGUCUGGGGAUCCAACAACGGUACAGAUCCAAAUCAAACAAAUAAAUCAGUACCUUUUUUUAUGCCAGCGGUAUAUGUGGUGGUUACCAUCACACUCAUCCUACUGGUCAUAUUAUUACUGCGCCAUGAGAGAAUUGUCCUCAUCCCUGUGGUUCCAAAGCCGUCCUUGAUCUCUCAUGACAUUGAGGAUUGGUUUCAGUUCUCCAAAGGCCUUACAGAUGGUUUCAAAGCUAAUUAUGAUGAGCGAGCCUGCUCUGUGCGCGAGUACACCUACAUGUCGCGGUCCGACAGUGAGAGCUCUGACAGCUCCAACCUUUCUGCCAUCACUGACCAGACCAACUGCUCCAUCACCAUCGCUGUGAAUGACACAGAGGACCCAUCUGCCCCCUUCAUCUCCUCCUCAACCUCAUCUGAGGAGAUGCAGUAGAUCUCAGGCUAAAAGGAAAAUCAGCCAAAGUUUGGUUUGUUAAAACAAAGCAAUUCUUUUACUGAAUCAUCUCCUGCUUGGCUGCAAGGAUAGGAAAAUAAAUUAAUGAUCUGUGGUUUAAUUAGCUAAGAGUUGUAGUUCAGAGAAAACCCAAUAUCUGAAACAUUUAAAGAAGUCAUGUGAAUUAAAAAGUUAAGCAUGUCCAGAUUAAAAAAUACAUUUAAAAUGUAGUUGGGAAUAAAUUAUUGAUCAUUUUCAAUUAUUUUAGCAUGUAUUAAAUCUGGACCACAUUAUUUGAACAGACAUCUAGCACUAAGGUCAAUAAAAAAUGUUUUUAAAAGUAUUUAAGGAAUGUAUUAUCCACUUUGAAGAACCUUUACCUUUUCAUUAGUGUUCUGCUGAUUUCACCUCAUAUAAAAAAAAAUGUAUUUAUAUUUUAAAAUGGCACCAUCUCUUUCAUUCAUUCAUGCAUCUGACAGAUUUUAACAAAAAAUCUGUUUAAAAACCAAAAUGUUGUCUUUUUCAAGCAUUUAUAAUGUCUGAUUUAUAAAGUUAGAGUUUGGAUCUUCAUCUUCAUUUCAGUAUUUUACUUUUAAGAUGAGAUUUUGAGUUGUAAAAAUAUGAAUAUAUAGUGUUGAGAUUGAUGUUAGGUGUUAAGCGUGCAGAGAAAAACAUUUUAAAGCCUUUUACCGAUGUAAAACACAGCUUUGUUGUUAAGAUAAAACACAAUGAAUCUUGUCCCAAGCAAAUAUGCUUUUUAGGUCAUACUACAGAAAUACCCUGUGAAAGUCAGACUCUGCUGAUACAUAUUCAAACUGGAGUAACUGGCUUAACUCCAGUAAGAAUAAGUGUAAGCGUGAGUGGUCUUUUGUCUCAUGAACCAGUGACCUAUUUAAGAUGAACACCACUGUUUGACUGAUAACAGCUGGGUUAGGUUUGGGCAAUUUGGCAUCAGAUUAAAUGUGUAUAGAAAAUAGAUUAACCUUAUUUAUCAAUUACAUGCAUAAAGGUUAUCCCCUUCACUUACCUACAAAAAGUUUGGGAAACUACUUUAAGAAAAUGGACAACAGAAACUAAAUCAAAAGAAAAAAAAUCAUAAAUGACCAUUACUGGAGUGGGGAAAAAAAAGAGAUUAUUACAUCGAUAUACAAUCAGUAAAAAUGUGAAAACUAAAAAACAAGAUCUAUGUGUUGGCAAAGGAGUAUGUCAUCUUGUAUAUAAAAUAUGAAUGUAUACUUAAAACUGACAAGAAAAGCACUGGUUGCUUGGUUGUUUUAUGACUUACUUGAGCCCAGACGGUCUCAGUUUCUCUAACUGUAGCAUGCACAGCAUCUUGUUGAUAGAAACGAUGGAGACUUGUCAGAUUUCUGGUGGAGAAGAAUAAGUCUGGGCUGUCAUUGACAGAGAAAUGACAGCCUUUGCUUGUAAUGCAGAAGUUGUGACAGGUGAAGGGGAUUUACCUCAAGUUGGAGAUUUAUGAGAAAAGUACUUUUGUUUUCAUAGAAAAAAUCGUGUAGCCCACAGUGGCUGGGCCCUGAUGGUAAACACACUGGACUGUGUUCUUGUUUCUAACCAGAGCAUCUUCAAAAGGAUCAUUGCAGUUGUGGUUUAUAUAAUUAUUAGUGUGUAAUAGUUUCAUGUAGUGUUUAACCAUUUAAAUAAGGCUUCUUGUUAAAAAGGUUUAAAACUCACAAAUACUUGGAUUAAUUAAAAGACAGAAUUUCCAGUGACUGAAGAAACAAAACACAUCUUACAGAAGGAAAAGACUCAAACAAAAUUAUGUGCUCAUACCAAUUGGUUUACCUAGGCUAUUCAUUUUUUUGUUACUUCUUGUCACUCCCAAACAUAAUCAUUUUGUCUUUUAAGAUUAUGAGAAAAGAUUGGACCAAUUUUCUCAUAUUUAACUAUAGAUUUAAAGUUUCUCAGAACACCACAUCAAUAGCAUCCAAGGAUCAAUUAUAAUAUCAGUGUAAAAUAAGAUAUUGGCUUUUAAUUAACCCAAACAGCAUUUCUAAAUAAUUUUUAUUUGCAUAAAUAAAACCAGGAGGAUCUAUUUGUAGUGAAGUGUUGUGAUAUAUGUAUAUGUAACAACAAUUACUGACACAUGUAUUUCUCAUGUUCUAUGUUCAGGUCUUAUUUUUCUAUUUCUUCCUCUCAUUGACAGUUUUUGAUCUUUAUGAAGUUUAUGAACUUGUGCCCUUAGGGUUUGUAUCUUUAAUCUAUAACUACCAUUCUUUAUCCAGUUGUGUAAACCAGGCUGUACUACCCCCUCAAUUUUUUUUUUUUAAUAAAUUUGUCUAUUUUCAACAA